AUGGAAGAACCAAGAAAUCGUCUUUGCUCUACACUUGGGCAGUCUUACAAGAUAAUUGGGACCUCACCUAUAAUUCCCGUGUUCUUGUCCUUGACAUACUUUACAAAAGGAGUAAAAACAGAAUACUAUACCUACGGAAUAAUUGCAUCUGGAAUACUUAUGGGACUAUCUCUAUACAUAGUGGAGUACAUAGGGAAAAAGAGAAGCGAAGAGAAGUUGAAGUCCUUGGGAGAUAUUUCGAGGGGAUUUUGCGGGCCCUUGUCGAAAACUGUUGAUGUGUUUUCUGCUGUUUUGAAAUACACAACACUUCUUAUCACAGUGGACGUCUUUUUCAACGUACUGUUUAUCUACUUUCCCUUCCUGGACGAAAUCAGAAAGUCGAUGGCUAUAUACAAGAUAUUAUUUGGGUUAGGAUUGGCACUGGUGGGGCUGACUCUAUAUGUCUUUUCCACCUUCAGUAGGAAGAUAUUUCUUAUUAUCUCUGCAUCGGCCAGUAUCCUUUUUAUAGUUGCCAUAAUCGCAGGGUACUUCCUAGGAAUAAACUCGGCACUUCCAAAGCCAUCAUAUUCUCAAGGAAGCCUCCUACCGUCGUUCUUUUGGGUAACCACCAUAGCAUUUUAUACGGCGGAGUUCAUAUCUGGAGGAGUCAAAAUCAUAGGGGAAUCCAUGCAUAGGGAAAGUGCCAAAUACGUUGCUAUUACGAGCUCAUUGUCUGUCUCUGGAAUGUAUUUAGUUCUAUUACACUUGGCAAGGUGGAUAAGAUCUAGCUACAACUCGUUGGACAUUCUGAAUCUUAUGUUCCUUAGGUCAUCAAAGUUGAACACCUACCUGAGGACAUCUACAAUUGAUAAGUAUUGUAUCACAACCAAAGUGAUGUGCAUUCUUAUUCCAAUAGUAUGCAUUUCGUUAUUUGUGAUACAAUUUGAUUCUUUUGUUGAGUCUUUUAAAAACUUGGUGAAUGCAGAAGGAGACACCAGGUUGUGGCUAUUAUCUCUCCUUGUGCUAAGCAUAGUGUUCAUCCAGGUCCUUUUCAACGAGAUCAUCGGGCCUUUCCAUUUCUAUGUGGUGCUUUUUGUGAUUGGAAUGACUCCUCUGCUAGUAUAUCACCCGUUCAUAUGCUAUAUCUUUGCAUCUAAGAAGAUUAAGUUCUUUACAGCCGUCUGCAUCCUCGCAAUGAUAUUUACAAGUGCAGCCUUGGUGGGGACCAUAAGGACGCUGAUAGACAUUCUACAGAAGAAUUAA